UGCAGGCAAAUGUGCAACACCAAGAUGUCCUCCCUUACGGACGCCUCUUCGGUCACCGCUUCGGAGCAGGAGACACUGGUUAAACCAAAGCCAUUAUUGCUGAAGUUGUUGAAGUUAGCUGGCGCAGAAAAAGACACUUUUACUAUGAAGGAGGUAAUAUUCUAUCUUGGCCAAUAUAUUAUGUCUAAACAAUUAUAUGAUGAAAAACAGCAGCAUAUUGUGCACUGUGCAAAUGAUCUCCUUGGGGACUUAUUUGGAGUACCAAGUUUUUCAGUAAAAGAACACAGGAGAGUAUAUUCAAUGAUUUCCAGAAAUCUGAUAGCAAUAAAUCAACAAGACUCCUCACUUGUUGACACGUCUGAGGAUGACACCAGAUUUCAGCUUGAAACAGAAAAUGUUUUAAAGGAAUCCAUGCAAGAGUUAGAAGAGAAGCAGACUUCACCAAACUUGGCUUCCCGACCCACUACAUCUUCUAGGAGGAGAACACACAGUGAAUCUGAAGAAAAUUCUUCAGAUGAUCUGCAUAGUGACAGAAGAAAACGACACAAGUCAGACAGCAUUUCGUUGACGUUUGAUGAAAGUCUCUCGUGGUGUGUAGUCAGUGGGCUAUGCCGUGAAAGAAGCAAUAGCAGUGAUUCAACAGAUUCUCCUUCCAUUCCUGAUCUUGAUGCCAGUUCACUAAGUGAAAACUCAGAUUGGUUUGACCACAGUUCUGUUUCAGACCAGUUCAGUGUAGAGUUUGAAGUUGAGUCUAUUUAUUCAGAAGAUUAUAGUCAUAAUGAAGAAGGACAGGAGCUCACAGAUGAAGAUGAUGAGGUAUAUCAGUUGACUAUUUAUCAAGAUGAAGAAAGUGAUGCUGAUUCAUUUGAUGAAGAUCCAGAGAUUUCUCUAGCUGAUUAUUGGAAGUGUGCUGAGUGUAGUGAAAUGAAUCCUCCGCUUCCACGACAUUGCCACAGAUGCUGGGCCCUUCGUGAGGACUGGCUUCCGGAUGAAAAGAGUGGUAAAUCGGAAAAAAGCAAAUCAGAAAGUUCUUUACAUCUGGAGUCUGAAGAAGGUUUUGAUGUUCCUGACUGUAAGAAAGUGAAAAUGACUGAAGAUAAAGAACGGGCUUUGGAGGAAAAUGAUGAUAAAACAGUACAAAUGUCCGAGUCCCAGGAAAGUGAAGAGUAUUCUCAGCCAUCUACAUCUAGCAGCAUGUUUUGUAGCAGUCAGGAGGACUUUAAGGAACCCGAAAAGAGAGACGUGCAGGACAAAGAGGAAAGUAUGGAAACCAGUCUGCCUAUCACCAGCAUAGAGCCCUGUGUCAUAUGUCAAAGCAGACCUAAAAAUGGCUGCAUAGUACAUGGCAAAACAGGACAUCUUAUGUCAUGUUUUACAUGCGCAAGAAAACUUAAGAAGAGGAACAAACCCUGUCCAGUGUGCAGACAGCCCAUACAGAUGAUUGUACUAACUUACUUCAGUUAGAAGGAUGUUGAGUGGAAAGCAGCAAAAGGAACUUCAUAGCCUGGUGCAGCAAUUAAGAGAGUAAGAAACUAUUUUUGUAUGCUUAAUGGAAUGUUCAUAUUUUGAGAGUUUAUACAUUUGGUGUGGAAGGUGGUUGCUGAAACACAUAUUGCACUGGAAUUGAUAAGAGUCUAGCCUAGUCCUCAUUAGUCAAUGUAAAGAUCUUAAAUGCCUCUCAACAGAAAUACCCAUUUCCUGUAAACUGUCUGCCUUUCCAAGUGUUUUAUGUUGCAAACAGGUUAAUAACAUUUGAAUUACUGGAUUAAAUCCACACGUUAAAAACAUGAGGGGAGAUACGUUUUUGAAGAGUUUGUUGGUGGUGAUUCCACCUCUUAAGAAGAUAGAAGACUCUCUAGAUUCUGGUAUCUGUUGCCUGGUGAAGACAGUAGGCAAAAAUAAGAACUCUGAGUAAGUCAGGAAAAAUAAAUGGAAUCUUGUCUCCCUUGUUCCCAUGACUUAAAUUCGUCUCAGUAGUCAAGUUAUGGGGAAGGUCUCUUAGAUACUUAAGAUUAGCAGGGAAUUAGGGAAGAUGUGAUAGAAAAUCACUUAAGGAUUUGGAAAUAGAAUAGGAAAUGGUGUCUUUUAUAACUUGCAUUGUAAAUUUCAGUGCUGUAUGAGUGUGUCCUGAGAAGUCAUUGUCUUAAAUUCAGUCUUACAGUUACCUCUUAAACAUCCUGAGAAAUAGGCUUUGCAAAUAUUUUGUGGGAUUUGGCGGUCUGUGCUAUGCUAUUGAUUAUUUUAGCAGUGUCGGAGACUUGAAACAGACAAGGAAAAUGAAGGAUAAUCUAUAUAAUAAGUUGUGCAAAUUAGGCAAUAUUGGGGGAGAUUUGUAUUUUUUGUGCAGUGUUUUUUGACUUCAUUACAGCUUGAGCACUACAUUUACUCAAGUAAGAAUUAAAACCCACCUCCCGUUGCAGAAACAAAUAAGGUGUGUGGUUCUAUUUCAUGUAGAUGCUUUUUAAGUUGUCUUUCUUACUUGCCCUAUUUUUAUCUGUAUCACAAGAAUUUUGAAAAUCUUUUGCCAGGUGUUUGACUAAUUUAAAUAUUUAAGACUUCAAUAUGAAAAUUUGUCACAAUUUGUUCUGGCACUUACAGCUUUUAAGUCUUCUCGCUGUACUUGGUCAAAAACUUUGUGAAACAUCUGUUCCUUUAUUAAGAAGUUUACUAAGUUAGUUUUGUGGUGCAUACAUAGAAAGUUAUGUAUUUGUAUGCUAAAAUAUCUUCAGGAUGUGGUUAGAUUAGAUUUGAAUUGGUUUUUAGAUGAAUAGUUUCUGUACCCGUGAGUUGUAUUUUUUUUUUCUUUUGGAAAACUAAACUUAAGAAAAGAAUUGCACAUUUUAGCAGCUUUUCAAUUUUAGAGGUAGUCACUUGUAGUCUGUCCAAUAGGGAGAAUGGUGCAUUAGUAGCUUUUGAGACAAGGGAGUUCCAGAUAUGGAGAUAUAACCUAAAGAAGUUGCAUGGUUUUUACUGUCCUGCAAGCCUACGUUAAAUAGCUUUCUUAACUUAAAAUACUAGUAGAGAACAGUUAAUACCCAUGUAUGUACAAAGACUUAUAACUGCUUUAGUGUCAGAAUUGAAAUAGUUAUUCUAGUAUAAAGUGUCUGUAAACCAUGAACAAAAACACCCUGAUGAAUACAAGGAAGUACCUAGGCAAAUGAUAAAUGAAAGAAACUAAAAGCUGUAAAAUACAAACUUGUUAAACACUUGGUUAUUAUUUGCCUGCAAAGAAAUUCUGUGAUAUGUAGACUGAGUUACCUGGAUUAUCUUACCUGGAUUUUUUUUUUUUCUUUUUUUUUUCCAUACAGUUAAGCUUAUUCUCGCAAAAUACUACUAAAAGAAGAUACUGGUAUCUCUGAAGUUUAACCGUAAUUCAUUUUAACUAAACUUAACAAAAUAUAAAACCCAAUUGUAAUUGUCUCUUCAAAUUCUUAAAUGCAAAUUUCUUGCUGUUUGCAGUUUGUAAUGUGACAGCAGAUGGUUGGAAGUUCUUGAAGUUAUAACUUAAAGGCUUUGGUCAACAAUAACCUUUCGUGCUGGAUUUUGAUAAUCCUUUAGCCUGAGACGGGAAAAAUCCUUUGGGCUGUCACUGAUAUGCAUGCUUUGCAUAUAUUGGCCAAAAAAACAUUGCAGAUAGCCUCACUGAAUUGAAAUUGAGAAGAAAUAUUUACUAAAGCUUAAAUAUUUUCAGGCCGUGAUGCUUCUAAUAGAUGGUUACCUGCCUUAGUUCAUGACUGCUUCCUAUUUAUUUUUCUUAUGUUAUUUGAUAAAGUACAGUGAAGCUGGCAAAGGCUUUUCCACUGCACCUACAGAUCAGAGCCAAACAGUGGUCAUAUCUUGUCUGGAAUCUGUAGCUGAGAGAGAAUUGAAAAGCUGUACGAUUAGGAAAAGUGUUGAUAAAAGGGGGAGUGUGCUAAGGAAGCUUUCUCUCUCUAUACUCUCUCUUAGGCCUUAAGCUUUUUCUGUUUGAUACCUUCUCUGUAGUCACUGUAAUUGCUAUGUAACUACAGUCAUGGGAGAGCAGCUGUUCCUACUUGGUUCCUAUUGGAACAAAUUGUAACAUCCCAUUCUUGGUGUCCUUUUCUAACCCCUUAAGUUAUCCCCAUCAUUAGGGAGAGGGAGGGAAAAAAAAAAAAAAAAAAGCUCUCAAAAAAGCAUGCACGGUCAGUGCAGUGAUCCUUGUUAUUUACAAUUACUUAGCUUUGGAAUUUCCUUUCAAUAACAUUUUUUCUUCCUCUAAAGCCUUCUACCUUGGCAAAAUGUAAAAGGAAAGCAUACAGCAUAAUGGAUUUUCCCUUUUAUGAGCUAAAAAUUUACUUCCCUAGCAUUUUUUCUUCUGUGGGGAAUAGCCAUGGAAAUACCCUGCACUCCAUACCGUAUUGAGGAAACGGGGAAUUUAGGCUUCUGCAUCCUUGGAUAAACUAGUGUGGCGGACUGACUCUUUGUUCUGAACUGUUUUUUGGCUUAAUAGUUGUUAACGCCUCCUGGCAAGUGGCAGGUGACUUUUUCAAAACUUGCUUUACAAAUGAGGAAGUGAUGAGCAGUGACAUCUAGCCCAGUUCCUGUGAAGAAGCUGGCAGGCAAAUGAGAGCUCCUCGAGGUGUGCGUGUGUGUGUGCACGCGCAUCUGUCUGAUGCAAGUGCUGAGGACCAGGACCCUGAUUCAGAGCAGGUCUUCAGACCCUAGGUCUGCACACUGUGUGUGUGUGUGCGCGCGCGCAUUGCACCUGUCUGACGCAAGUGCUGAGGACCGGGACCCCAGUUCAGAGCAGCUGUUCAGGCACUUAAUUGCAACAUUUAAAUUUAUAGAUCUGUCUCUGUUAAGUCACUUUGACCUGCACUCGAACCUCUGUAAAGAGAAGAAGAAAUGCCAAAAGGGUUAAUGGCAACAAACCUUGUUUUUUUGGCGGAUACACAAUUACGUGUCCUUCAGUAGUAGUCAAAAUCAGCACAGAAGUUCACGCUUGUACUUAGAGAGAUCUCUUAGGUUGUUAUUUAAGACCAUAGACAUUUUGAUCUUUAAUUUAUUGCAGUUUGUACAUACUCCUGUGCAUACGGUUAGUGUUUUGAGCUUUAAUUUAUUGAAUUAGUCUAUUGGUACAUGUGUAUAUACAUAAAUGUGUGUACGUUGUAAAUCACAGUUACAAGAAGAGUAUUUAAGUAAUUGUAGCAUUAAAAAUAAAAAGGCAGAUAGAAAUAUAGCAAACUAAGAGGGGCAUAAGAAGAUUUAUGGCUUUGUUUUCUUUUUUUGCUUCCCUUAAUACAACUACUGAGUUAUAACCAAACAAGAUUUAUUAAAUGACAAUAGAGAUGGAUGCUGAUACAACAUUAAUAUAAUGGAAAUCCUUUGGUGCUGUUUUCCUUUGGAAUGCUUUAGCAUCUCAGAGUACAAACAAGAAGCUGACUGACUACUUCAUUGCACUAGUAGCGUUGGAAGUCCUUACCUGGAAGAUGUGGUGACAAGAGGAGAGGCUUUAAAGUUGAUUUGUAUUGGGUGAUGAUUUCUUUUGCCCUUGACUAAGUGACCAAGAAGGUUAAAGGAAUGGCUAGGCAUUAAAAAGAAGUUGAAAGUAUACAGUUUUCAGUAAUUGUCUUAGCCUACUCUUUCGUGCACUUCAGGUAGACAAUAGUCAUUUACAAAUACGACCAAAAAAUUGCAUUUAUUCUGUUUUAUAAGGUACAAUAAAACUACUUGUUGAUUAAAUAUUACUUUUUCACAACGUAUGUUUCUUUUAGUAUUGAAGUUCAACUGCUGAGCCAAGAAAGCUAAGUGCAAAGUACUCAAGACAGAAGCCAUUUGUUCCAGUAUGUCAGAAAGGCUAGAAAUGUUGAAUACUGAAAUAGUUGAGAAUCUUUAAUACUGAAUCUUCACUUCAAAUUUUCUAGUUUAUAAAGUCUGCUGCUUUUAUCCUUUAAAAAUGUUGCACAGCUGAAAUGUAAGUAGCUGGGUCACUGAUUCUAUUUAAUAUUCACACCACAAGGAUUACAUUUUUGUUGAGCAGCACCUGUGAAAUACUGCUCAUUAGUGUCGUUAACUAGCGCACUGGAAAAAGUAUGUGCCAUGCUGUAUUCCACAAGAGGCUAUGGCUGCUGCUUCAGGUAGCAGGUUGAUUUAGAAAGGAUAAGUUUACAUAGUUCUGUUGAUGAAAGGUGUUGUGUUUAUUUCUGACCAUUUCUUGUUCCAUUUUAUCACUGAGUUUCAAUUUUCUUGUAAACUGUUUAAAUGCCACUGUCUCUUAAAUUUGUCUGUACGGUUAUGAAGCCAAAUGCAAAAGACUUAUAUUUUUCCCCUUUAAGUCUAAUAUGAAGGAAAACCAAUUCUCGUUCUUACAGAAAGCAUCAACAACAGUAAUUGUUUCAGAAAACCUUGUUUUUACAACAAAGCGAUCAGAAAAUUACUAGAAGCAGAGUACAGCUGAAUAAACUGAAAUGAAUAAACAGCAAUUGUACAGGA